UUGAAAACAUAAGCAGAGGUGGGUGGAACAACCAAGAAUCAAGACUUCAGAGUGAAACAGAAGUAAAAGCUCCUUGCAGAACUGCAGGUGAACUUCUUAGUCAUUAGCUUGGGAAAAUAAGAGUUCGCAUCCAUCCAAACUGUGUUGAGAGUGAAUGAAUGGAGUUAGUUACCUGCCCCACCUCCACUGACUCGCAACACCCACGAUGCCUACCUGCUCCACCGGCUGAUGUCACGGCUGGACUGGUGCUACAGGCUUGGGGACAUUUCUCCUACUUAAGCCAAGGAAACUUCCACACCUGCAGCACUGACUGCGCUCACAGUCACCAUGGAGUUGUUUCUGAAAGGUAUCCCGUCAUUUGAGAAGAUGGCAGGUGUUUUUUCCUAUGAGAGUUCUGAAGUGGACUGGUGUGAGGACAACUAUAAACACUCUGAGAACGUUGUGGAGUAUUUCAACACGAUGAGCAGUUUCGUCUUCUUCGUAGUUGCACCCAUAAUGCUGUACCUGCUGCACCCGUAUGCCAAGGAGCGGAGCCUGGCAGUCCACCUGGUCUGGUUCAUGAUGAUCUUUGUGGGUCUCUUCUCCCUGUACUUCCAUAUGACCCUCAGCUUCAUGGGGCAGAUGCUGGAUGAGCUGUCCAUCCUGUGGGUGCUGGCCAUCGGCUACUCUCUCUGGUUUCCACGCAGACACUUUCCUUCUUUUGUUAAAGACAGGAGCUCUUUCUCUCGCAUGGUGCUGGUCAUCACGGUUAUAACCACAAUGUCCUCAUUCGUCAAACCCACAGCCAACGCCUACGCUCUCAACUGCUUUGCCCUGCACAUCCUCUACUCUCUGUAUUGGGAGCUAAAGAGCUGUACGCACCAGCGAGUGCUGCGUCUGGCUUGGGCCUCCAUUGGCCUGUGGGUGCUGGCCAUUUCCUGCUGGAUCAGUGACCGCUUCGGCUGCAGCUUCUGGCAAAAGCUCAACUUCUGCUAUAUGCACGGCAUCUGGCACAUCCUGAUCGUGGUUGCCACGGCCUACGGCAGCACUCUGAUCGCUUACCUGGACGCCAGCCUGGAGAUUCCUUACUCACUUCCUGACCUGCAGUACUGGCCUCGGGACAACUGGGCCCUGGGCCUGCCCUACAUCGUCCUCAAGGGCAACGCCAAGACCCAGAAACGAUGCUAGUGAAGAAGAGGAUGAAGGGAUAAAAUGACUUAAAGGAAGGGCUUAGUAAUGAGCUGUUUAGUUGGAUCAGGUGUGAAAUCACUAAAAUAUGCCUAGCAGUGGGUUUACGGUUAAGCAGGAUUUCUCAGUAAGCUGGAUCAUUUAAAGGGCCCUUAUCAUGGAAAAACAAAUUUCCUUCACUUUUUCAAAUAAAGGAGUGUGAAGUAAUAUCAGGUAAUAUGUAA